CACACCAUUUCUAAACACCCAUACUUACAUACCUCUCUGUUUCUGUUUUCCAUAAAUUCUCGAUCAGUUUCAAGAACAUGGCUGGAGUACUAGUUGACGUUCUGAUAGAACGUUUGGCUACGCUCGCCCUUGACAAGGUCGAACGAGAGCUGAAGCUGGUGGUCGGGGUUAAGCAAGAAAUCAAAAAACUCACCAAGAAACUCGUAGCUAUUCGAGCUGUGCUGGAGGACGCAGAGCAGAGGCAAGUGAUGGAAGCCAGCGUGAAACUUUGGCUGGAUGAGCUAAAUGAUGUUUCCUUCGACAUGGAUGACGUGCUGGAUGAGUGGAUCACUAGAGUUGAGAAGCAUCUAUUGGAGAAACAAGAAGCACAAGGUGCAGAUGUUGUUAUGGCUACUAAGAAGACGGUAUGCUUCCCCUUUCCUUCCUCUUGCUUUCGCUUCGGCCAAGUCGAUUAUAAGCUAUUUCUUCGUCACGAAGUUGCUAAGAAGAUAGAAGAACUGAAUGAAAGAUUAGAUGAGAUUGAUGAAAACAAACAGAGGUUUAACUUUCAACAAAACACCCCAAGGGCAGUUCCCGAACUACUUCAAAGACCAAAAACUACUUCACUUCCCAAUGCUAGAACAUUUGGUCGAGAUUCGGAAAAAAACCUUAUAAUUAGCAAGCUGCUAAGCGAGAAUAGUGAAGAAAGCGAGGUUCCUCUAAUCGUCCCUGUUGUAGGGUUGGGGGGAAUGGGCAAAACAUGUCUUGCCAACUUGGUCUAUAAUGAGAUCAAAACUCAUUUUGACAAGAGCAUAUGGGUAUGUGUCUCCGACCCUUUUGAUGAAAUCAAGAUUGCUCAAGCUAUAAUUGAAGAGUUAGAUAAAGAUAAUUCAUCAAAAUCCUCAAAUGUGUUGCAAACCUUGAUGCAAUGUAUAUUUGAUUUGAUUAAGGGUAAAAAAUUCCUUCUUGUCUUGGAUGAUGUUUGGUAUCCAAAAUCUAGUCAAUGGGAAGAAUUCAUCAAACCUUUACACAAUGGCGCUGUGGGCAGUAGGGUAUUAGUGACGACUAGAAAUGAGGAUGUUGCUACUUUAGUGAAUGCAACUACUGAAUUGGUUCCUUUGAAGGAGUUAGGGGAAGCAUUUUGUUUGUCACUGUUCUAUCACAGUGCAGGCAUGGUUGAGAGUAGUGUGUCCAAAGAGUUUCAUGACAUUGCGUUAGAAAUUGUGAAAAGAUGCAAUGGGUUGCCUCUUGCUACAAAGACGUUAGGAAGCCUCAUGCGUAAUAAGAAAAAUAAUAUUCGUGAAUGGCGAGAUGUUUUAAAGAGUAAGACAUGGGAACUGAAAGAGGUGCAACAAGAUGUUUUUCGACCGCUACUACUAAGUUAUCAUGAUUUGCCUUUAACAACCAAACAAUGUCUUUUGUACUGUGUUAUAUUUCCAAAAGAUUAUGUGUAUGAUAAGAAUAAUUUGGUUGAGUUGUGGAUGUCACAAGAUUAUUUGAAUGCCAAUAGAAGUAAAGAAAAGACGAUAGUUGGCCAAAAUUAUUUUGAUGAGUUACUAAUGCGGUCAUUCUUUCAAGAUAUUGAGAUAGAUGAGAGUAAUGGAAACAUAAUAUGCAAAAUUCAUGAUAUUGUACAUGAAUUUUUGCAAUAUUUGACUGAGAAUAAUUAUUUGAUCUUAGAUCUUGAGAUGGAUGAUAGUGAGGGAAAAAAGGUGCCAAAUGAUCAAAUACGUCAUUUUACCUUAAUGAAUGCAACCAAGAGAGACUCUUUUCACCUCAAGUGUAAAAACUUACGUACAUUGGUGCAUAUAAAUUCUAACUCCAUUUCCAUUGACGCCAUGGUGGAGAUGAUAGUACAAUUGAAAAGCCUUAGGACAUUAAUAUUGUGGCAAUGGCGGAAUAAUGGUCUCAAAGAAAUUCCUGAGACGAUAGGUGGGUUGAUACACUUAAGGUAUCUUGAUUUAUCCGGUAAUGAUGAGUUGGAAGAAUUACCGAGCGCCAUGGGUAGCUUAUACAACCUGCAAACCUUGCAACUUGUUCGAUGUCGGAGUCUAACAAGAAUAGAUGUGCAGAGACUGAUUAACUUGAGGCAUCUCUAUGUUGAACGCUGCUCAUCACUGAGGUUAAUUAAAGGGAUUGAGAAAUUAACACAUAUGCAAAGACUGGAUUGGUUUAAUGUCCUAGACGGUUGUGAUGAAGGAGGAAACAAUUUGGAACAUCUGAAAGACAUGAACCAGCUUCAAGGGAGUCUUACUAUUGACAUUCAUGGUUGUCCAGAUAUGGUGGAGAAUAAUGCAGCAAUUAUGAAGAAUAAGGCUCACAUCUUGGAAUUGGAUCUAUUUUUCGGUGGCAGUGAAGAUGAACGACAAAUUAUGAAUAGGUUAGAGCCGCAUCCAAGUCUGGAAUAUCUGGCCAUAGUUCGGUAUGAAGGCGGCACCUUUUCCGAUUGGUUGUCGUCUUUACACAGCUUGAGAGUCCUCCGCCUUAGCCACUGCCUAAGUUGUGAGAUUUUGCCUUCUUUAGGGAAACUGGCGUCCCUUGAAUCAUUGGAAAUUUGGAAACUCCAUAAAGUCUCAAAGGUAGGAGUUGAGUUUCUGGGAAUAGAGCAAGGGCAAACCUCCUCCUCGUCCUCCGUUUUCGUUUCAUUCCCCAAGCUCAAACAACUCGUCAUCGAUGACAUGGAGUCAUGGGAAGAGUGGGAAGAGGGGAAUUAUGAGAAUAUUACAAUCAUGCCAUUCCUUGAUCAGUUGACAAUUAGAUCCUGCAAGAGGCUAAAAGCACUGCCGGACUUCCUGUGGAAGAAAACUCUACAGAAAUUGAACAUCAUCGGCUCUCCAAUUCUCCACAACCUUUACGGACAAGAAAAUGGCGAGGAGCGGACCAAGAUUUCUUACAUCCCAAGCAUCCAGAUGCAAGAUUUCUUAUUCUGAAAAGGUACAUUUGGGAUACAGAUUAUCCCAAGCAUCUGCUGAUAUGUGAAAAGGCUUCAGCUUCUCUUAGACAAAUCACAUUUUUAAGUGCAAAGGCAAAUUAUCUACCUGGCACGUUUUCCAUGGUAUGUCACUAUUGGAGGGCAGAAGGAAACAUCAAUUGAGGACCAUCACUUCAGGCAUGAUUUGGCAGAGUUAAGAGGUCAAAGACUCCAAGAUCUUACCGGUUUUUUAUACAUGUGCUUCCUCAGACACUCAUCUCCUUACCAUUUUUGGCUCUUUAUUUCUUCUGCUGUUCAAGAUACAGGAUGGCUGGAUUCCCAACAAAUGAUGAUCCUCACCCCCUCAGUUUUGUGCUGAGAUUGCAGAUGUGAAUUGCACUAGGCUACUUAGCUGCUUGUACUGCUUGUAUUGAAGCUACAUGCAUUCAGAAUGGCAUCCGAGUU